AUGAAGGCAACCUUUGCAGCCGUUUGCUUCCUAGCUACAGUGGUGUGCACUAUUGCGCAGCUGCCUGAGCAUAUCUGCAGAUCAGCACAUGGUGUGUCAAUUUGCGCCCCUGAUACCCCGUUAAAAUCGUUAUUCUACUUUGACGACAACACCAACCAAUGCGAGGAAUACUAUGGAUGUGGAAAGGGCUUCACAGACUUUUUGACCUUGAAGUCCUGUAAAAAUGCCUGCCCUUACGGUAAAAACAAGCCAAAGUCACCGAAGAACUCAAAGUCUAUUGGACAAUGA